AUGGAAAAUGCUCUAUUACAAGAACAGAUCACUGAGUAUAAAGGUGUUUUUGAGAUGUUUGAUGAGGAAGGAAAUGGAACAGUGAAGACACAGGAGCUAGAGCGACUGAUGAGUUUAAUGGUAAUCAAUCCCACCAAGAGAGAGCUCCUUCAGAUGGCCAAAGAUGUGGACAAAGAUGGCAAAGGUACUUUUAACCGUGAGAGCUUCCUGGGUUUGAUGGCAUUGGUUCAUGAAAGCGCGAGGGGCCAACAUGCUAUGCUACGAGCUGCUUUCAAGGUGUUUGAGAAAGAGGCCGAGGGAUAUAUUGAGUGGAAUACCCUGAAGUAUGUGUUGAUGAAUGUAGGAGCACCACUGAAUGAGUUAAAGGCAGAGCAAAUGAUGGAGGCAGAUAAAGAUGGGGAUGGAAGCUUCGAUUAUGAAGAAUGUGUGACCAUGAUGACUGGAGGCUCCUUCAAGAUGUGCUAA